AUGGGAUUUGAGAAGGCUAGUGCUGCACGGAAGCUGCAACUGGCAGAACUAGAGACCCUUCGACUCGAAACAUAUGACAAUUCCAGACUGUACAAGGAGAAGGUGAAAGCUGUGCAUGACAAGCAUAUCAAGAGGAGAGAGUUUAGACUUGGGGAUCUAGUUCUCCUUUACAACUUAAGGCUGAGGCUCAUGCCAAGCAAGUUGAGAUCAAGGUGGGAAGGACCCUACAAAGUAGAGAAGGCAGAGCCAUAUGGAGUCUUCCACCUGAGUCAUCCUUCCUGUUCUAAUUUCAUCAAGGUUAAUGAACAUCGCUUAAAGGUAUAUCAUGGUGAGAAGAUAAAGGACAAUAAGGAGCUAGAGAUCUUCCUAAUGGAGGAUCCACCAACAGCAGAAGACUGA